AUGGCCAAGAAAGGUUACGCCGAUAUCUCGUAUCCCGAGUCCGCAUAUGCCGACACGUACGACGAGCGUUCCAUCGCCAGCUCCUCUGAGGGCGGCGGCUCAGCCAUGCUCUCGCGCCGCGCGCCCUCGAUCCAAUCCACCGUCUCGAGGCGCAGGUUCGAAGAAUACUCGGUCACAGAGCCCAGCAUAAGCCAUGUGGGUGCCAAACGCCGCUUCAAGCCAGGCACCGUGGCGCUGCGCGAGAUUCGCAAGUACCAAAAGUCGACGGACCUGCUACUGCGCAAGCUGCCAUUUGCGCGCCUGGUGCGCGAGAUCGCCAACGACUUUGUCACGUCGUAUGAACACGGCGAAUACGGCUCGGGCCUCCGCUGGCAAAGCUCGGCCAUCCUCGCACUCCAAGAAGCCACCGAGGCGUUCCUGGUUCACCUCUUCGAGGACGCAAAUCUCUGCGCUAUUCACGGCAAGCGCGUCACCGUCAUGAAGAAGGACUUCCAGCUGGCAAGGCGACUGCGCGGCAGAUGGGAUGGUCUCGGCGGUUACUAG